GCCCCGGGCGGCGCUGUCCACACGCAGCGGGUCCUGAAAGCGGCUCCGGGGCGGCGCGGUGGCGCACUGUGCGCGCCGAGCAGGCGGAGGGGCCAGCGCCGGCAGCAGACGAGCUACCGCGGACAGGCAGAGCCGGCAAGGGCUUCCUCCCGGCACCGACAGUCCCGGCGGCCUGGGUGGCGGGGACCCUCCGGCUGUCCCCUCGGUCCCCGGGGGCAGGCGCGGCGCUGUCCGGAAGAGGCGGCUGGAAGCGGCCGGAGCGGCCCCGAGGGCGGGCAGCGUGCUCGGAGAGUUGGCCGGGAAACAGCCGGCCAGGCGAGGAGGACGUCGCUGGUGUCCCCACUCCUGGCCCCGGCCAUGGGGGCGCAGCGGGGGCCGCCGGAACUUUGAGGGCGUCGGGUCCAGGCUUGCAGGCUCGCAGGCGCCCGGGGAGUCCGGGGUCUCGGCGCCACCAGCGGCGGAGCCUCUCGGAAACCGCCGGGGCCCCUGUGCGGCUGCAGAAGUUCUGUGCAACUUCGUCCCAGACGUCUGAGGACCGGCUGCGGAGAGGCUGCGCGGCAAGCCGGAGCCCCAGGGACUCGGAGAAGCGGGGAGAGAAAGGGCCCGGAGGACAAGGAGAGCCCGGGAGGGAUCCAGGGCAGCGAGGCCGCGGAACUGGUCUGGCACCUCGCGGCCCUCGCCGCUCCUCGGUGCAGCUAAGGACCGCGCUUUGCGGUGGCCUCCUCCAGACUGUUCCUGCGAGGGAUCGGGGGCUCCUGGCCGUCCCGGAGGUGCCCCUCCGCUAUGUCCCCGAAGCCGCGGGCUCCUUGGCCGCAGCUAUCCGCGGCUGGGCCGGGAGCCGCCGCUUGAGCCAGCCGGGGAGCGAAGCCGGCAGAGUUGCGCCGGCUCCUAGACUGUGCCAGCGUCGUUUCCCGCCUCUGCGCAGUUCUCCACCGUCUUUGGCAAGGAGACUUUGAGAGUGACCUCAGAUUCCAGCGGUGCUUUUUGAGCUCAGCUCGCCGGGUGCCCGGCCUGGUGGCGUGGCUCCCUAGCCGCCCUGGGCAGCCCCUUGGCGCCGGGAGGCGGCGGCGUGGGCCGGCCUGCAGUCUGGAGCGCCCCGAUGGAAAUACACUGUAAGCACGACCCGUUUGCAUCCAUGCAUAGACAUGGAGGAGUGAAUCAGCUUGGGGGGGUUUUUGUGAAUGGACGGCCACUCCCGGAUGUAGUCCGCCAAAGGAUAGUGGAACUUGCUCAUCAAGGUGUCAGGCCCUGCGACAUCUCCAGGCAGCUUCGGGUCAGCCAUGGUUGUGUCAGCAAAAUUCUUGGCAGGUAUUAUGAGACAGGAAGCAUCAAACCUGGGGUAAUCGGAGGAUCCAAACCAAAGGUUGCCACGCCCAAAGUGGUGGAAAAGAUUGCUGAGUAUAAACGCCAAAACCCCACCAUGUUUGCCUGGGAGAUCAGGGACCGGCUGCUGGCAGAGCGAGUUUGUGACAAUGACACAGUGCCCAGCGUCAGUUCCAUCAACAGGAUCAUCAGGACAAAAGUGCAGCAGCCCCCCAACCAGCCGGUCCCAGCUUCCAGCCACAACAUAGUGUCCACGGGCUCCGUGACACAGGUGUCGUCAGUGAGCACGGACUCAGCUGGCUCUUCAUAUUCCAUCAGUGGCAUCCUGGGUAUCACGUCCCCCAGUGCCGAUACCAACAAGCGCAAGAGAGAUGAAGGUAUUCAGGAGUCUCCGGUGCCCAACGGCCACUCACUUCCAGGCAGAGAUUUCCUCCGGAAGCAGAUGCGCGGAGACCUGUUCACGCAGCAGCAGCUGGAGGUGCUGGAUCGAGUGUUUGAGAGACAGCACUACUCAGACAUCUUCACCACCACGGAACCCAUCAAGCCUGAGCAGACCACUGAGUACUCAGCCAUGGCCUCAUUGGCUGGAGGGCUGGAUGACAUGAAGGCCAACCUGACCAGCCCCACCCCUGCCGACAUUGGGAGCAGUGUACCAGGUCCACAGUCCUACCCCAUUGUGACAGGACGCGACUUGGCAAGCACGACCCUCCCUGGGUACCCUCCGCACGUCCCCCCUGCCGGACAGGGCAGCUACUCAGCCCCUACGCUGACAGGGAUGGUGCCCGGGAGCGAGUUUUCUGGGAGUCCCUACAGCCACCCUCAGUAUUCCUCAUACAACGACUCCUGGAGGUUCCCCAACCCAGGGCUGCUCGGCUCUCCCUACUAUUACAGUGCCGCUGCCCGAGGAGCUGCCCCACCUGCAGCUGCCACUGCCUAUGACCGUCACUGACCCUCGGAGCCAGGCAGGCGCCAAGCACUUAUGACACAUAUCAUUAGGGGAGAUAACCUCCCAGCACCCCCAAGACAGCCACGGGGGUGUCCAACAAGACCAUCCCCCAGCAACUCCUCCAUUCACCUGAAACUCCCUCCUUCCCCUUUCCCUGCCAGGGACUCAGGUUCUCUGGUAGGGCUGCUGACUACAGAACCUUGUCCAUUUCAAGUCAGUCGAUGAGCUUCUCCAGUGGUGACAGGGUCUCUGCAAAUGACAGAAUAUGCUGCAGACCACUGCAGCCCAGCUCAGCCUGCCAGUCCCCCACUGCCUGACCACCCGUGUGUCUUGGCCACUGCAGCUGAGGAGGAGAACCAGCGUUUGAUACUUCAGCAGCAUCUGUGUAAAUACCUUUUUGCUUGUCUGUGGGCCUGAAACUGACUUAGCAGACUGCCCACCCCAUGUUGCAUCUUCUACUCACAGUGCAUCACAGGACAUCUUUGGCCUGUGCACAGAAUGUCCCCUCUGCCCUGGUGCCCCCUGUCGUAUGAGCUUGAAGCCAUCCUUGAGACCAAGGGUGGGCCCUGGCCUCCUGCUCAUCCCUACUGCUCUAACGUCUUGACUGCGAGUCUCCCUGGCUGGACUUUGCCAUGAGCUGCCCCUGAGACUCCUGCAGGAAGAAAACACUUUGGGGAGAUGCCCUGGCUUCUUGUCUCCAUUUCCUUGGGGCUACUUCAGUGUGAGCAGAUCUUUCCCAGAUCAAAGAACUCAAAACAGAAAUGUCUCAGAGAUUCUUCAGCUGCUGUUCUAAAGCAAGACAUCAUCCAAGUGUUGACUGCAUUGUGGACUCUGAAUGUCACAGCGGUGUAGGCUCAGAAGAUCAUCUGAUCUAGGCCAGGGAGGGGAAUGAGGCUUUCCUGACCCCCUCAGCCCCUGGAACCUCUGGACUGAACUGGAAUGUUUUCUGAGGCCUUUCCAGAUUCAUAUUAUUUUGGAAACCCACCAUGGACACUUCACCCAUCCUCCAGGACCCCAGCAAGUGAACUCCAAGCAAAUCUGUCCCAUAGACAAUGAUUAGCAAGCUGGAUCUUCCUCUGUACCAAGGACCACAGCAUCCUCCGUGGUCAACUAGCACUCCUGGGCUUCCUCUUGGGUAACUCUCUGCAUCCCUGUAGAGCUGGGCCUGUGGCUGGGCACAGAGGUGCUGGGGUUGGGAGUACUUGCUUAACUUCAUACAGUGCAGACCUAACUGUUGAUUUAGGGGCCAAAUGGUCGUGACUAUGGCCAAGGACCACAGAAGCUCAGAGAGGGAGCAUGGGGGAACUCAGUGUGGGCUAGGCUGCUCUGAGGAAGCCAGCUGGGAAGAUUGGGGAGACAGAGGAAGACCUGUAGGGGAGAGACAGGAGAGCAGUGAGGGAUGAGUGUGUGACCUUCUAGUGGUUUUAAGAUGGGGUACCAGGUGCCACCAUCUUUUUCCCUAGGACCUCAGUCCCUUGCAUGGUUUCUUACCAGCUCACAACCUGAUGGAGCCCCCAUCCAAACCUGAGCUGAGCCACAGCAAUGACAACAGGAUUGGUCAUCUCAUGUGACAGUGUCCCUUCUGUUUGGCAGAAAGCUAGGGCAGAGGUAGCCUGACCUUGGGAUCAUCUGGCCUGGUCGUUCUUGUCCUGGCUAUAACUCUGCUUUAUUGUAGGAUAUCUGGAAAAACCUUUAAGUUUGAGUCUCAGCUGCUUUGGUACAGCAGAGUCACCAGACCACAUUCUCUCUUCUUCCCAGAGAGCUGGGCUAGGACAGAUCAAUCUGGAGAAGACUUUCCACUUCUGAACAAGCCUUUAGGAGUAGGCCCCGGAAUCCCGCUAGUGUUUGGUUUAAGUGGGAAACAAGAACACCUUGAGAGGUGGGAAUCAGAAGCAAACGCCUAGUCCAGUGCCACUAGAGAAAACUGAGGCCCAGCUUGGGGAAGGCCAGGACUGUGCAGGGAGAGAAAUCAGGUCUCUCUGGUUAUCUUCAAGUAUGUUGAUUCUCACAUUCUCACAGGAUAGGAAGGUGGGAAAGAAUACCAAGGCUCAGCAAAGUGGGGUGUCUAAGCAGUGAUUUGACACAGACGGAGCUGGGACUGGGCCCCUGCCUUCUGACACGUGAUGAUCACCCUCUGCCCUUUUAGCUCCUGUUCCUGGGAGAGAAGUUGACAGUGAGGGUAGUGGAGGAGGUUCCGGGCCCAGGGUUCCAGCCUGGAGACCUGGGUCUGUGAGAACAGUCACCCAGAGAGGAGUGAUUACCACCCCUGUGGAAUCUGCUAGGCAAAGAGGGAAGACAGCUGGCACCAGAGCCAGCCAUGGGUGCUGAGAUGACCUGGCUCUGGUCUCCAUGUGGCAGACCAAGUGUGAGAAGGAUGUUCCUUGGCUCCUACCUUCCUCUCUUAGGAAGUGGUGGGACUGGGGAUCCCCAGAACAAGUUCUUAGACCUCUGUCCCCUGGGCAUGAGGUGCACCCACAUCUUUGAACCCUGGCUUCUCCUUGUGUGUUCAAGCUGUUGUGAGUAAGUCAACCUCCCUUGACCCUGCUGCAUAAGGCACACACCAUCCAUGCUCAACAAACCCCACCCCACACUGGCCUCUCCCCAUCCUACCCCUGAUUUCAUCCCAUACCAAGCUCCCUCCACGCCAUUUCUCUCUCGCCUGAGGCUUCGCCUGUCCUCAGACGGGAGUUGUAUUUAUUAGCCAACCAUGGGAAGCACAAGGUUACACAGAUGCACAUGGGUGUUCUCACCCAUGCACACCUGCUCUCAGAGCUGCCUGGGGGCUUAGUGAAGAGAGUUCCAAAGGGCACAAGCUGUUGAGUAGAUGCCAGAGAAUUCUGAAUGAAAAGCCUGAGUCUGGGGCUUCACCAGCAUCGUGGGCGGCCAGGGGGCAUUCCUCCGCCGGCCUUCAGCCUGUGUUCCAGCUCUGACUUUUUGAAAAAGGUAUUUUCAUAACAGUUGUGUAGCUCCAACAUUAAAAAAUUUGAAGACAUAUCAAAGCCGCCAUCCCUUUUCCAGGGCACCCUGAUUGGGGUUAGCACUUUCAUUGGCUAAUGCUUUGUAAUUCCUUCCACCAACUCAUGGGGCAGAGGUCAUGAUACCCAUUUUACAGAUGAGGAGAUUUGAAGUCCACCAGAUGAGACAGAGGUUAAGUGAAUUUGCAGAUCUCCAGGCUCAAUUCUGCCACCACUCCACACCCCAAGAUCUGUGUUCCUGUCAUGAGAGUAUAUGGCUCAGAGACGCCCACCCUCAGUCCUCCAGAAAUCCCCAGAUCCCCAGUGAAAAAAGAACAAACAAGGGACCCAGAGGCUGGCUGAAUGAUAGGACCUGGGCGUGGUGGCUCUGUAGUCCAGCUGGAUUCUCCUUUACACUGAGGCCUGCAGUCUUUGCUCAAAUUCCCACCAACACCCGAAACUGUUGUUCGUACACUCUUUCUCCUGCAUCCUGGAGCUCAGGGGGGUCAGAGCCUGUCCAGAUCUCCACCAUGACUGCUGAAGGACCCAGAUAUGGCCUGGCUCUGCCUCCCAGAGUGCAGAGUGCCAGGGUCAUAAGCUGUCCCCUCACCCCUCUUUUCUCUGCCCUUUCCCCUUUGGAACAGACUGUGACAACAUAGGAGAGUGGCUGAGCUAAGUCUUCAGAACAUCCACAGGUGUCCACAGGAAACAGAAACUGCAGCCUCAAGGGCUCUGACCUGCUUCCCAACCAGGCAGGUAGUGCCACCCUGCCCCUUGGGUAGGGCAUGAGGCAGCAUUGCAUGGUGGGGCCUGAGACACCCAGAAGUGGGUUUAAGUGAAAAUGACAUCAACUAAAAAGAAAAUAAGUCUAUUGGCUGCAUGUGACCUGAUAGCCACCAGUUUAUGACACCACCAGCCAUCACUGUGGGAUGUUUCCUUUCUUCUCACCUCGUUGUCCUUUGUUGCAGAUUUGGAGGAGAUGCGGCCCUAGAAAAGGGAGAUGUGCAUCUGGCUGUCUAGGGAGUCAGUCCAGAAACAGGCAAAACUGGCCCCACUGCCCUCCUGGCCCUCCUGGAGGGAUUCUGCCAAGUGUCUGGGCUUUAAGGCUUACUGGGUGGUGAACAGCAGAGGUGGUGGGUUGGGGUAACCAUUGACUCUUAAAGGAAGUCAGUGCUGCCAGAGUCCUUUCCCUAGACCCUCAGAUGUGGCCUCAGGGCACUGAGGGGUGAAAUCUCUUUGUGAAGAGUCACACUUCAGGGUGACUGGCUUGCUUUGGCAGGCUUGGCUUCCAGCCACCCCCUCAUGGAUGACAUUUCAGCUAGAAUUGAGCUCCAAGCCAUGGAGAGCAAAUCUUAAAAACAAACCAAGCGCCCCAGAUAUACACCUGGAAACAGGCUCUGUGGGGAUACAGCAUCACAGCAGGCCCCUGGAUCAGCCAGGUCUGGGCUAGAGCGAGUCAAGCCCACAGGACUCUGGGCUUGCUCAGCUCCUCCCCACCCCUGCUGACAUGAGGCCUGGCCUUGUCACCAGUCUGGAGCUUGCCUCUGACGGUCUCCGGCACACACACUGGUGUCCUGGCGAAUUUAUCCCUUUAGUGCUUUGACCUCAGAGAAGUCCAAGACAAGUGCAUUUCUUAAAAGAUAACAAAAUACAGGACUGGAACGUUGGACAGUCGGGCCACGACUACUGGCCCGCAAGCUGCCCCACCUCCCGGCAGCGGCAGGCCUUUAGCUCCUUGUCCCCUGUUGCACCCAGACCUCAGGAUUCCCUUUUGCAUAUUCAUGGGGGAGAUACAGUGUUGAUCCACACUUCUGUGCUGUCAGGUCCAGCUGCACCUCAAGUGGCAACCGGGUCCCCAGGGGCUGGCUUCCAAGGACACAGUGAGUCCCUUGCGCAUGUGCAUCUGAUGAGGCUGCAGCUUCUCUGCAGCGAGCGGGCUGCUGUCUGGGAAGAGGCAGACACCAGUCUUCCUUUUUAUUCUCUGGUAUUUCCUGGGCACUUGGGUCUUAUUCCUGGAUGCCCCAAGGAUUGAAGGGGACCUCAGAAUCACGUUACUGCUGUUGGAGAGUCUCAGUCCAGGGAGUCCCGUUUAGCUCAUCUCCAGGUGAAGUAAACACAGCCACCCUGCAGGAAAUGUAGGCAUUCUUAUCCCUCAUGAGCGCUCGCAGAGCAAACGCACCUGCCUUUCUCUGUACAGUUCCUGAGUGGAGCCAGCUCAGGCGAGGCCUUGGCCUGCAGCAGGAGAGACAGAGGGCGGCUGCACUCAUGGGACAGGGAGAAAGCAGGGGUAUCAAGGGGAGGGGACUUUACGGUUCUGUGUUCCUCUCCCUGGCCCUGAGCUUCCCCUAGCCCUGAGAGUGGCUAGGGGAAGCCACACUGUGGCCUUACCAGUCCCGGUCUGGUUCUGCUGACCCUGAGGCUGUGGCUGCUGCGCCUCCCAUGUCCCCCAAAUCACUAUGCCUGUGGCCACAUCUUCUCCAAAAAGCACCAUUAAGAACAAGUGAUUUUUGAUGAUGGAUUUUUGAUUUUCAAACGGUGCAUUUCCCUUGGAGUGGAACAGAAAGGAAACCAUUUAAUGGCUCCCUUAUUUUCAAGCAUGAAUACAUUUUAAUGAAACUAUUUUAUUGUAUUUGAGGAAAUGGAGAGUUGAACAUUCCAACCAAUCAAUAGCCAAUUAAUUGCUAGCAAGCUAAAAAGAAAAUAAAUAAAUCUCAAGUCACAUCCCGCAAAGCUCAGAGCCUCAGAAUUUGGUCUUCCCCCUCACAGCGUGUGCACGUGAGUGUGUGUACAAGGCACACACACCUACGCCUCAGAUUUACUUGAAACUCAGAAAAAGCGCUGAGUCUCCUCAUGCCAAUUCUUGCCUGCUGUCCUUACCUUUGGUCACGGAAAGUGAGCAGACCUGGCAGCAGCCUGUCCUGGGGCUCAGGAAGAGGCAGACCUGGGACCCGGCCCUAAGCCACCAGCACAGUGUAGGUAGCGGGCAGUGAGGGCCUGGCCCCACGUCUCAGCCCAACUGCAGGGCCUCCGAGGUCAGGCUGAGGUUAGAAUUCUGAGUCUGGCUUGGCCCUGACGCCUGCUGGAAGAUGCUGCCCUGGUUUUUCACCCUUUAGUGGCCUUUGGACAUUGAGUAUUUGUAGAAAUGCAGAUUCUUUGGAAAUGGAACUCUCUGCUAGGAAAACAUGAAUUUUGCUUUUUAUGCUUUGAGACAGUUGAUUUUGUCUUAGGAACCGAAUUUCCAGCAUCAAAGAAAUACAUAUCUACUGUAUCCGCCAAAGUUUGUGAUGCCUGCAUAAACGCUUACUUGUAAAAAAAAAAAAAAAGUACAAAAA